CUGAGAAAACCAACAAUAAGACAUGAGCCUGAUGAGCAAUCAGCUUUCAUAUUUAAUCAGUCCCAGAGCCAAGAACUUUAGUUCUAGCAAGAGCUAGCAAGGAGUUGCCGGACUGCGAAAACUAAUUCGUAAAAUAAAAAUCGAGGUAGUAAAACUUGCUAUGUUUUAUUUCAAGCUAAGAGAACAAGUUGGAAAAUGUUUGCAAGACUAAGCCUAUCUAAAUKGUAUUCAUAAAAGGUAAAUGAAUACUGCAUUUGAUGCUCCAAGGAUAAAAGACAACCGAUAAUGGACAAAGAGCAUACUAAAACACAGUUGUACGAGCUGAGUCACCGAUCACUGGCAGAAACAAUCGUAGAGACGGGUUUUCUUGUCUUGAUAGCAGUAACAAGUCUUAUUGGAAAUGCUUUAGUACUUUUUGUGUUUUAUAAAUCUCCACGCCUUCGUUCCAGGGUUACCAGCUACUAUAUUAUAACACUUGCUAUAUCAGACGUACUGUUGUCCACAAUCGUAAUGCCCAUAGGAAUAGCAGGUGCUGCUUCUGGGCGGGAUAUUUUUGGGAGCAAAACAGGAGAGGGCAUUCAGUGGGUAUACACAGAAUUAGUUUUUGGAUCUGUUUUGACCACGGCCCUCAUAGCAGUGAACAGAUUCUUCUGCGUGACGAAACCAUCCAUUUAUCGAAAGUAUUUUAAACCUCGACCUGCCAAAAUUACGAUUGUCUCAGCUUGGCUGUUUUCGCUGACUUUUAUUGCCGUUAUGUAUUUGAGUGGGAUGUGUACGUUCGAGUUUUAUCCUGGCUGCUUUAUGCAUUUUCCUUCUUUCCGAGAUCAGAUUACAGCAAAUGUAAUUGGUGUGUCAUACCAAAUGUUAUUCGCAGUCGUGCCCUUGAUCAUCACUGUCGUUUGUUAUUGGAAACUUUACAAGCAUGUGAAGAGCCAUAACGUACAAGUGACAUCGAAUCUUAACGCUGCAAAUGAAGUUCAAGUUCCAACACUUUCCAAGGAAGAAAUUGCAGUGACAAGAUCCUUAAUGGCCUUGGUUUGUGGGUUCAUCGUCUGCUGGAUACCCUGUUCCACAGUCUUUCAUCUCGCUACUUACAUUAACCUUCCUCGACGUGUGGAGGCAAUUAUUGUCUACACUUCAUUUGCAAGUAGUGCUAUCAAUCCUAUUGUGUAUAACGUAUUCAACAAACCAUUUCGAAGGCAGUUUUUACGAGUUUGUUGUCAUCCAAUGCAAAACCAAGUAAUAGCAGGGGGCAGUGAGCUUUCAAAUGUGAGUUCAGCAAAAACSUACCAAAGAGGUGCAUAAAAAAGAAUCAAUGGCGCGAUGGAGGAACUUUGAAGAAGUUAAUUGAAACUAAAGAAUCAUAAAAUCAACGAAUAAAACAAUAAUAGCAUUGUUAAUGCCCCCGGAGCAUAGCACUAACCAGUUAGAAUAGGACGUUUGCACGAUGUCAUCAUUUGACUCCCACUACCAAGAUGCUUCGCGAAAUGUAUUCCCUUAUGAGAAUAGUAAGACAAUUGGUGCUAAUUAACUGAACAAAAGAAAGUGUGCAAGGGAGUCUGGUAGUAGAGGCCAAUGACGCCAUCGUGCAAACGUCCUAUUAGUUAGAAUAAAAUUGAAAUGAGGGAUCGAAAACUAGAGCGCCGGACAAAAACCCCGUACGUCAGUGAGAGUCCGAAAGAGAACCAACCAAAAGAGGAAAAAAACAGAAAAGAAACCUGGAAUACCGAGGUUAUUAGUUCUUAUUGUGGGGCAACGACAAAGACAAUGCAAGUGGUGUUAUGAUAUACCGGCAAUACAGAUGUGCUAUUCUAAAUACUAAAGUACAGUGCUGUAAAACUGUAAGGUCUAAACAAUAACAAUCCCAGAAGGGAAAAAGACUGGUUCCAUUUACAUAGACAUAGAUGAGUGAUGACUAAACAGUUACAAAGCUACCCGCAAAAUUCAAAGCUUCUCUUUCACUUUUUCUUUGCUAAAACAAAAGUAAUGUCAAGUACUCAUAAACUUGGAUUGUGUAGUUCAUGCCAGGGGUUGCAGUUCGAUUCGUGACUAAACGGAAUGUCGGACAGCAUAUAUCUCAAAAAUUACAUUGUUCACAAGCAA